CCCACUUCUUGACCUCUUCGAUUCACUAUCACACUCGCCCGCCUCAGAAUACCUGGCCAAUUACCCACAUAAACGAAUUCCCCAAUCUAACAACUACCCAGACUUUCGUUUUGGAGCCGUCAUGAUCGAAGGACGCGGUCCCAUGGGUGUCAUUCAAAACAUCAAUCUCGGCUAUGGAAUCCUCCACCUCUACAGAGACCCUUCAGAAAUAAAACCCUUUGACCCACCAACAGAUUCACCCUCUACCACAGACACCACGACCAUUCUCUGCACUCUUGCAGUCCCAUCAUACAUGGCCACCAGUGACUUUCUUCAAUUUGUUGCUCCAGUAGAUCCAUAUGUAAGUCAUUACAGGAUCGUACGAGAUUCAUCGCCAAAUCGAUACAUGGUAGUAAUGAAGUUCAGAGAUUCAAAGGCUGCCCAGGAUUAUUAUAAGCAAUAUAACGGACGACCUUUCAACUCUAUGGAGCCUGAAAUAUGCCACGUUGUCUACUUAAAAUCAGUAGAAAUCAACUCUGUACUUAUUCCCCCUCACACAUUUCCUUUUCUACAUGACACAUUGGAGUACGAACGACAAAUAAAAGAAAACGACGACGACGACGAAGACAAAGUAGAAUUACCUACUUGCCCAGUCUGCUUAGAACGUAUGGAUGACACAGUGACAGGUCUGCUAACCAUUCUCUGUCAGCACACAUUCCAUUGUUCAUGCUUGAGUAAAUGGGGAGAUAGCAGCUGUCCUGUAUGUCGAUACUCGCAGAAACCUGUUCUUGGAAUGGACCUAGUUUUGGGAUCAGGUGAAGGAGUUAAUAUACCCUUAGAAGACGAAGACAAUACGUGCAUGGUGUGUGGAUCAAAUGAGAGUUUGUGGAUCUGCUUGAUAUGUGGCCAUGUUGGCUGUGGACGAUACCAAGAGGCCCAUGCUUACGACCAUUACACAGAGACAGGACAUCUUUAUGCACUCGAGAUAGAAACACAGCGCGUAUGGGAUUAUGUGGGCGACGGUUAUGUUCAUCGAUUGAUACAAAACAUGAUUGACGGCAAGAUAGUUGAAUUACCAAGUGCGACAGCUGGUCCUACUCCUCGCCAACCAGAGCAAUCACAAGAUAAACUAGAAGCAAUGUCUGUGGAAUACGCACACCUCUUGACAUCUCAACUCGAUUCUCAGCGGAUAUACUAUGAAGAUCAUUUGGACCAAGUGACUUCCCAACUAUCUUGUCUUACCCUGCAGGUCAAAGGCCUUAUCACAGACAUGCAAGCCAUGCAGAAAGAGAAAGAGCAACAGGCUCAGUGUGCACUUGAGGCCACUCGUGCUCUUGCUGAAGCCCGCAAAGACAAGGACAGAGCAGAACGAAAGCUAGAGAGUUUCCGAGAAAAAUUAGACAUAGCAAAACGAGAAUGGCAAGAAGAAAAAGAGAUGACAAAUUCACUGUUACAAAACAAUGCUCUUCUCAAGACAGACCUCGACCAAAAUCGACAGAGCGUCAAGGAGCUAACUGACCAGGUGCGCGAUCUGAUGUUCUUUCUCGAGGCACGCGACAAGGUUCAACAGGACCCAGAUAUGGGCGGUGGAAGCCUUAGUACACGUGUACGCAGAAAUACUAACAAGAAUAAAUCAUCUAAACAAGGCUGAACAACAAAGCCAAAAGCCAAAAAACAAAACACACACACACACACACAGAG